AUCGAACAACUGUUUAUUCACUCGAAAACCUGAAAUAUCGAUUACAAAUAAAUGGCUUAAGUACUUUUAAUCCUUCGCAGAGAUAAGAAAAAAACAUGAAUACAUUAUAUAUCUACGUCAUGUUCCUCCUGGCAAUGUUGUCAUCUGAAGGUAUGGCAAAGAAAAGAAAACCUAACAAUCGGCCGACGAUUGGUGUGCUUACUCAGAAAGUUCAUUCCGCGUUUUCUCCUCAAGUUAAGAAAUCCGAAGGUUAUAUUGCGGCUUCGUAUGUCAAAUAUCUGGAGAUGGCUGGUGCUCAGGUCGUGCCUAUCUUGGCUACAAUGAAGCCCAAAGCGGUACGCAAGUUGGUUCGAUCUAUUAAUGGUGCUCUUUUUCCUGGAGGAGCGGCGCCUUUAGACGACUCACCAUUUUACGAAACUGCAUCAGUUAUCUACCACGAAGCUAAAAAGUUGAACGACAAAGGCGUUCACUUUCCGUUAUGGGGAACUUGCCUCGGUUUUGAAACUUUACAUAAUCUAGCCGCAGAAGAGAACAUUCUAAUGGAUGUUGUGGCUGAAAAUAUCUCCAUGGAGUUAAACUUCACUCAGCAUGCUUUCAGAAGUCGACUCUUUGAAGACAUGGACAAAAAGAUGAUGCAGGAUUUGAUGUUUGAAAAGAUUACGUUGAACAUGCACCAUUCUGGGAUAAGUCCUGAGCUUUAUGGAACAAAUCUGAAACUAAAUGCCAUGUACAGGGUUCUGUCAACAAAUUUUGACGAAAAGGGAGUUGAGUUUGUCUCCACUGUCGAAGGGAUAAAGUAUCCAUUCUAUGGAACGCAAUGGCAUCCAGAAAAGAAUUUAUUUGAAUGGACCACACGCGAGGCAAUUAAUCAUUCUCCCGAGGCUGUUGCUGUUGCUCAAUACCUCUCUAAUUUCUUCGUUAACGAAGCUCGCAAGAAUUUUCAGAAGUUUAAAUCUGUAAAAGAAGAAAUAAAGCAUUCGAUUUUCAAAUAUGCUCCUAUAUUUUCUGGUGGCACAUCUUUGUUUGAACAGGUGUAUGUGUUCGGUAAUGGAAGUGAAAUAAUCCAACAUUAAUUGGUUUUGAUCUAAAUGAAAAAUCUUCCACCUAAUAUGGCUCGGAUAGAUUUUUCUUAAUGCAUUUUCCUAAAGAUAGAUACUUUAUGAUAAUCAAUGAAAGAGUUUGCCUAGAAUAUUUAUUCGUACCCGAGAACAAAUAGACAACAAGAAUUUUUAGCACCUUUUUUAAACCACGAUAAAGAGGAAUACUAAAACUGUAUCAUUGCAAUGCAUGUGGUUUCAAAUUUGUAAAGCGUGUUUUUAAACUUGUGUUUGAACCUAUCUAGUUUUUCCUUUAUAAGUCUUUUUUCACGUGCCGUCAUCAAAAAUACGUUUUUGUCUUACUGUAUAUAUGUAGUUAGUUACAACUGAGAAAGAAUUGUUAGUGAUAGCUAUAUUUAUUUUCAUUUGUCUCAACUAUUCUUCCCGCAAACGUCUUCUGUUAAUUUUGUUUUAGAUUCAGGAUCCUCUUAGAUGUUCUCCUUAAUCGAGUACUACUUUUUUGCUUUUUGACAUUUUUAAUUUUUCUUUUUAUCUCUUCCUUUUCAUCCAUUUUUUCUUUUCCUUCUUCCUCGCUUAUCUGUUGCUCUUCUUUUCCAUUGGUCGUGUUUCUAAAAUCUUCUAUUUCCCCCUCUUUUUCCAGUCUGUC